AUGGCAAAAUACACGUCUACCGGCCGUCCAACGGGUGACGGCAAAGGCCAACCGCCCCCCUGGAGCAAUGUAUACGAUCACGAGAAAACCAGAGAUGUCAUCAACUCCCAACCCCUCCUGCAUCUUACUUUCCCAACCCAGGAUGAGGAAUUCCCAACUGUGGCCUACCUCGUCGGCAAAUUCUUCAAGUACAAGAACAAGCCCGAGGCUCUUUAUGCCCAUGGCCAUCUACAGGAGCCAAUCAAGUACCGUCUCGAAACUGACCGAGAAGUACGCGGUCCUGGUUUACCGGUCACCAUCGGCGCUAGCAAGAUCAAUAGCUACGUGCUUGGUUACUCGGGUUUUGCGACUGGAUAUACGUGGACAAGUACUGCAGUAAAUGGAAUUGCCCAUCUAUUGCCUGUUUCAGAAGAUUUUAAAGAGGAAAGGCUGGCAGUCGUGAAUAAUAUUCUCGAAGGCUUCAUUCCAGAGCGAUCAACGCACAUUCGUCCAAUUGGGGACGAUUUGAAGUAUAUUUCCAUCAUCAGAAUCGAUGUGAACGAAAAGAGGUCCCACACACACGGUAUUCCCGCAGCUCUGGGAUUUGAACUGAAGACAGAUGUCGAGGAUAAGGCAGUUGUCGAUAAUUUUCUAGAUUUAUUAUUGGGAGGGCGCGACUCCUGUUUGGCAGGCAUAUGGUGCUCCGAUGGGGGGCGAUCAUGA